GGGACGCCCGAUGCCGGGAGCCGCGUGUUGCUGGAACCCCGCUGGGCUCUCGCCGGCCCCGGAGGGGGAGGGGGGAGGAGGAGGAGGAGGAAGGAGAGAAUGCUUCUUACUGGGGGGUUUUGGCGCCACUUUUGUUUUAGAUAGUGUUCCUCUGCCCCCUCCUCCUCGGCACGCACUGAACUGAGCUGAACCCUGCCCAGAAGUUGCCCACUACAAAGGAAGAAAGAAAAGUAAGCUUGCACUUGAGACUGCUUUUUGAAUAUCUUUCUAAUACAGUGGUGUUCCAGAAGAUGAUAAAGAAAUGAUAGCAGCUCCAGAAAUACCAACUGAUUUUACUCUCCUUCAGGAGUCUGAAACACACUUCUCUUCUGACACAGACUUUGAGGAUAUUGAAGGAAAAAACCAAAAACAAGGCAAAGGCAAAACCUGUAAAAAAGGAAAAAAAGGACCAGCAGAGAAGGGGAAAAGUGGAAACGGAGGAGGGAAACCUGGUGGUCCAAAUCGGAUGAAUGGACAUCACCAACAGAAUGGUGUGGAAAACAUGAUGCUGUUUGAGGUAGUUAAAAUGGGCAAGAGUGCUAUGCAGUCUGUAGUGGAUGACUGGAUAGAGUCAUACAAACAUGACAGAGAUAUAGCACUUCUUGAUCUCAUUAACUUCUUUAUUCAGUGUUCAGGCUGCAAAGGAGUUGUUACAGCAGAGAUGUUCCGACAUAUGCAGAAUUCUGAAAUAAUCCGAAAAAUGACCGAAGAAUUUGAUGAGGAUAGCGGAGAUUAUCCUCUAACUAUGGCUGGCCCCCAGUGGAAGAAGUUCAAAUCCAGUUUUUGUGAGUUCAUUGGAGUGCUCGUCCGACAAUGUCAAUAUAGCAUCAUAUAUGAUGAGUAUAUGAUGGACACUGUCAUUUCACUGCUCACGGGGCUGUCAGACUCACAAGUCAGAGCGUUUCGGCACACGAGCACGCUGGCAGCCAUGAAGCUGAUGACUGCUUUAGUGAAUGUGGCAUUAAAUCUUAGUAUUAACAUGGACAACACACAGCGACAGUAUGAAGCAGAACGAAAUAAAAUAAUUGGGAAACGAGCUAAUGAUAGGCUGGAACUCUUACUGCAGAAAAGAAAGGAGCUUCAAGAAAAUCAGGAUGAAAUAGAAAACAUGAUGAAUGCAAUAUUUAAAGGUGUUUUUGUGCAUAGAUACCGAGAUGCAAUUGCUGAAAUCAGAGCCAUCUGCAUUGAAGAGAUUGGAAUAUGGAUGAAGAUGUACAGUGAUGCCUUUCUCAAUGACAGCUACUUAAAAUAUGUGGGGUGGACUAUGCAUGAUAAGCAAGGGGAAGUAAGACUCAAAUGCCUAACUGCUUUGCAAGGGCUUUACUAUAAUAAAGAGCUUAAUUCCAAAUUGGAACUCUUCACCAGUCGGUUCAAGGAUAGAAUUGUGUCUAUGACUCUUGACAAAGAAUAUGAUGUUGCAGUCCAAGCAAUAAAAUUACUCACUCUUGUUUUACAGAGUAGUGAAGAAGUUCUGACUGCAGAAGACUGUGAAAAUGUCUACCACCUGGUUUAUUCAGCUCACCGGCCAGUAGCAGUUGCUGCAGGGGAAUUUCUUUACAAAAAGCUUUUCAGCCGCAGAGAUGCUGAAGAUGAUGGAAUACUUAAAAGGAGAGGAAGACAAAGUCCGAAUGCUAAUCUUGUGAAGACAUUAGUUUUUUUCUUUUUGGAAAGUGAAUUGCAUGAACAUGCUGCUUAUCUUGUGGACAGCAUGUGGGACUGUGCAACAGACCUCUUGAAGGACUGGGAAUGUAUGAACAGUCUUCUGCUGGAGGAGCCUCUCAAUGGAGAAGAACCUUUAACGGAUAGACAGGAAAGUGCACUGAUCGAAAUAAUGCUUUGUACAAUUCGGCAAGCGGCUGAAUGUCAUCCUCCUGUGGGAAGAGGAACAGGAAAAAGGGUGCUGACAGCAAAGGAAAAGAAAACCCAACUGGAUGACAGGACAAAAAUUACUGAACUUUUUGCAGUGGCACUCCCUCAGUUGCUAGCAAAGUAUUCUGUAGAUGCAGAAAAAGUCACCAACUUACUGCAGUUGCCACAGUACUUUGAUUUGGAAAUUUAUACAACGGGACGAUUAGAAAAGCAUUUGGAUGCCUUACUGCGACAAAUCCGGGAUAUUGUGGAGAAACACACAGAUAUAGAUGUUUUGGAAGCCUGUUCAAAAACGUACCACGCUCUCUGUAAUGAAGAAUUCACAAUCUUUAACAGGGUUGACAUUGCAAGAAGUCAGUUAAUAGAUGAAUUGGCAGACAAGUUUAAUCGACUUCUUGAGGACUUCCUGCAAGAGGGUGAGGAACCUGAUGAAGAUGAUGCAUAUCAAGUCUUGUCAACACUGAAGAGAAUCACUGCUUUUCACAAUGCUCAUGACCUAUCAAGAUGGGACUUGUUUGGCUGCAACUACAAGUUAUUGAAAACUGGCAUUGAAAAUGGAGACAUGCCAGAACAGAUUGUUAUUCAUGCACUGCAGUGUACUCAUUAUGUAAUCCUUUGGCAGCUAGCAAAAGUUACUGAAAGCAGUUCCACAAAGGAGGAUCUUCUACGUCUGAAGAAGCAGAUGAGAGUGUUCUGUCAAAUCUGUCAACACUACCUGACCAAUGUAAACACUGCUGUUAAGGAACAGGCUUUCACAAUUCUGUGUGAUGUGUUGAUGAUCUUCAGUCAUCAGAUUAUGACAGGAGGACGUGACAUGUUGGAGCCACUUGUUUACACUCCUGAUUCUUCAUUGCAGUCUGAACUACUCAGUUUUAUUUUAGAUCAUGUCUUCAUUGAUCAGGAUGAUGAUAAUAAUAGUGCAGAUGGACAGCAGGAUGAUGAAGCAAGCAAAAUUGAAGCAUUGCACAAAAGAAGAAAUCUACUUGCAGCUUUCUGUAAGCUCAUUGUAUAUACUGUGGUGGAAAUGAACACAGCUGCAGACAUUUUCAAGCAAUAUAUGAAGUAUUACAAUGACUAUGGUGAUAUUAUUAAAGAAACGAUGAGUAAAACAAGACAGAUAGACAAAAUCCAGUGUGCUAAGACACUUAUUCUUAGUUUGCAGCAGCUUUUCAAUGAAAUGAUUCAAGAAAAUGGUUAUAAUUUCGACAGAUCUUCACCGACAUUCAGCGGCAUAAAGGAACUUGCUCGACGUUUUGCUUUAACGUUUGGAUUGGAUCAGCUGAAAACAAGAGAAGCUAUUGCUAUGUUACACAAGGAUGGCAUUGAAUUUGCUUUUAAGGAACCUAAUCCACAAGGUGAGAGCCACCCACCAUUAAAUUUGGCAUUUCUUGAUAUCCUGAGUGAGUUCUCCUCCAAGCUUCUCAGACAAGACAAAAGAACAGUGUAUGUUUACUUGGAGAAGUUCAUGACCUUUCAGAUGUCUCUACGAAGAGAAGAUGUGUGGCUUCCUCUCAUGUCCUACAGAAACUCUUUACUAGCUGGUGGGGAUGAUGAUACUAUGUCAGUGAUUAGUGGUAUUAGUAGUCGAGGAUCUACAGUAAGAAAUAAGAAGACAAAACCAGCAACAGGCAAGCGGAAAGUACCUGAAGCUGAAGAAAGCAGCAGUAGUGACAGUAUGUGGCUGAACAGGGAGCAGUCGAUGCACACACCAGUCAUGAUGCAGACACCUCAGCUGACUUCCACAAUAAUGAGGGAGCCCAAGAGAUUGCGACCUGACGAGAAUUACAUGGGUGUCUAUCCUAUGCAGCCCGAGCACCACCAAGCUCCCCUCGAUUACAACACGCAAGUAACGUGGAUGUUGGCUCAAAGGCAACAGGAAGAAGCCGCGCGACAACAACAGGAGAGGGCAGCGAUGAACUACGUCAAGCUGAGAAGCAACUUGCAACACGCCAUUCGACGUGGCACAAGUCUAAUGGAAGAUGAUGAGGAGCCAAUUGUUGAAGAUGUGAUGAUGUCAUCAGAAGGGCGGAUCGAAGAUCUUAAUGAAGGCAUGGAUUUUGACACCAUGGACAUAGACCUACCACCAUCAAAGAACAGGAGAGAAAGAACGGAACUAAAACCAGAUUUCUUUGACCCCGCUUCAAUCAUGGAUGAAUCGUUUUAGGUCCAAAACAUCCGAAGUCUGUAGUUUCUGCUUGCAGUUGCCCUUUUAUCCGACUUGAUAAAUCUGCAGUCUCUAUUCUCUUUUAAAAAUCUGCAUGAGGGAUUCCUUCUGUCUUGAACCACUUGUAAUGUAUGCAGCCAUUUUUGACCUUGUGUAGCUGGUACAAAAUUACACUGGAAAUAACAAACUGCAGCAAGCCAGCAGAGGACAGUACAACAAUGCUUCCUGGGAGUCUUGGACAGCUUGGUGGAAUUUGGAAGACGGUUAUGUAUUUUUUUACAGUAUUGUUGCAGCGUGAACAUGUUCUUGUUUAUGGGAGAAAGAAGUCCUAAAUACUGUUUUAAAUGCAAAUCCAUAUAUUUUGCUCCAGUAAUAAUGAAUCAGUUAGGUCGUGUGUCUGGCUGUCGUGUGUUCUGUUCCUCAAGUAACACCAAGAAAGUAUCUCACUUGUUCUGAUUUAAAAUAGUUCUUCCCUUCCCCUUCUCCAUUUUUUUCCUGGAUUGAUCUGUGAAAUAAUUAUCGGUGAUUUUUUAGCCUGACAGCGCUGACUAUUCGGCCUUGUACGGGUACAUUUCGUUGCUUUCAGAAACCUUUUAGCUCCUCAGUUCUGUACGAGCCGCUCCAACAGGUUUAGUGCCCGCGAGGUUCCCGUCCCUGGCUGCGUUUCCCGGGCGCGGCCGCGCGAGGGCAGCCGAGGGCAGCGCAGCGCCCGGAGCCCCCUCCGUGCUCGACGGGCAAGAGCCAAUUUCGGAAAUGCAGGAAAAAAAUAAAGAAAAUCUUCUCAGAAUAAAGUUAAUUUGCUUUAUUCUCAUAUCUUAUUUCAGAGGUCCGCUGUUCCCAGAGUUGCUGCACUUGUUUUUAAUAGAACGAGGCGUAAUAAAGCAGUUUAAUUUUUUGAGGUGCAUGUGGUAUGUGAUGAAAAUUUUAGCCUGUCUGCUCAUGUUUUGAUGUGCCCGGUUAUUGCCGGCACCAGAGGCAACUCUGUCUGUGUGCUACAUUGUAUGAUGCAUCUAAAGUGAAUUUAAUUGAAAAAAACCCAGUAAAAAUUGGUUUGUAAACAGAUAAAAGUGAACACAGUGUUAAGAUUCAGGAAAAUUAGGUCCCUGUUGCCUCUUUCUGAUUUUAGAAAGUCCUGUAAAAGCUAGGACAGUCACAAAAUCUGGAUCCUCUGGUUGGGUUUUUUUUUUUUGGUGGUUUUUUUUUUUUUUUGGCAUAUCAGUGGUGAUACCUGCUUGCUUUCACGAGGGAAGUGGAAACUGAUUCUUUGUUUCAGGAAAGCUUUUUCUUUCCUUAGUCACACAAUCCCAAAGGACACUUGUUUGAUUUUACCUGAUGAUUGUUUGAUUUUUUUUUUUUUUCCCCCACUGUCUUCCUGACAGAGUGGCUACAUUUCAUAGGAGGUGUUCAGUUUGUGUCCUAGUUGGCUGCUGUGAGGUGACCUGUGGUUUCCAUGGUCACAGAUGCAGCAGCAACUGGUGUAUGGGGUGUUUUGUCCCAGGUUUAGUUGCUGGAAAUGACACACUUGAUUUCAGGUUCAGGCCAAUAGAAUGUCAUUGUCAAAGAAGUCUGAGUUAGGCAACUAACUAAAAUUCUUUCGCAAUUAUUACCUAAAAUAAUUAAAAUGCAGGCUUUGUCAUAUUCCUACUGGAUCUAAUGAAUUUGAAGUGUGAGAAAAAUAUUUCUAACUAAUGAGGAGCCCUUUUCGUAUCAUUACCUAAAUCAGAAGUGUGGUGAAUCUGGUUUGGAAGAAAAAUAAACUUAUAAUGCCUUAACAUAUCUUGAAGUGUCUUAAUCUUAAAACAUAUACUAAUUUCUUUGUUUUUUGUUAAAUGUUUGGUAGACUAAAAAUUGACACCAUUUCUAACUU